AUGGAGAAAUCCAUUUGGUUGUUAUGGCUGUUUGUGUGUUGUGUGGUGGGCACAGAGGCGCUCCAGACGGAUUCUCGGUGGAUAGUGGACGACUGGGGGAAGCGCGUGAAGCUGUCGUGUGUGAAUUGGCCGUCCCAUCUGGAGGCGGGCGUGGCGGAGGGGCUGAGCAAGCGGCCGGUGGAUGCGAUUUCAAAGGGGAUCGCGGGUAUGGGCUUCAACUGCGUGAGGUUCACAUGGCCGCUCUUCUUGUUCACCAACGACACUUUGGCUGCCACCACCGUCAGGCGCUCUUUCACAAACCUCGGCCUUUUCGAGUCCAUCGCCGGUUUUCAGACCAACAAUCCCGCCAUUAUUGAUCUCUCCCUACUCGACGCUUACCAGGCUGUAGUGGCUAGUCUUGCAAAGAACAAUGUGCUGAUCAUACUUGACAACCAUAUAAGCAUCCUUGGUUGGUGUUGCAGCAGCUUUGAUGAGAAUGGGUUCUUUGGGGACAAGUAUUUUGACCCUGACCAGUGGUUAAAGGGCCUAACCAAGGUUGCCACCACUUUCAAUGACACCAAGAAUGUAGUCGGCAUGAGCUUGAGGAAUGAACUCCGAGGGCCUCGACAAAACGUAAACGAUUGGUACAAACACAUGACCCGAGGAGCAGAAGCAGUGCACGCAGCUAACCCUAACGUCAUCAUCAUCCUCUCGGGCCUACAAUUCGACUCGGAUCUCUCUUUCCUAGCCGCUAAACCAGUGAACUUAAGUUUUUCAAACAAGUUAGCAUUCGAGAUGCACUGGUAUGGUUUCUCAAAUGGACAAGUAUGGAAGUCGGGCAACUUGAAUCAAGUGUGUGGAGAGAAGAUGGCGGACAUAAAGAAGAAAGUGGGUUUCCUGUUGGACGAAGGGUACCCCUUGUUCAUGAGCGAGUUUGGUUUCGAUAUGAGGGGCACUAAUGUCAAUGACAAUAGGUUCUUGCACUGUCUUAUGGGAUGGGCAGCCGAGUUCGACAUAGACUGGGCAUUGUGGACUCUUCCGGGUAGUUAUUAUAUAAGGCAAGGAGUCGUUGGGCAUGAUGAAACUUAUGGAGUUUACAACUGGAAUUGGUGUGACAUCAGAAAUCAAACUAUGCUGAACAAGAUAUCAGCUCUCCAGUAUACAUUUACAGGACCGGGCUACGAAGAAGCACAUCCACACAAACUACUUUUCCAUCCUAUGACUGGCCUUUGCGUGCAGAUUAAAUUCUUUUACUUUUACCCACCCCAGAUGGUUUUAGGUCCUUGCCCCAAAGCUCAACAAUGGAAGUAUACUCCCCAACAAACAUUAACUGUAAUCGGAACGUAUUUCUGUCUACAAGCAGGGGGCUUAGGGAACCUCGCAACACUGGGCAUAUUCUGCAAUGAAAAUGAUUCUAAAUGGGAAGCUAUCUCAAACUCUAAGAUGCAUCUAUCUUCGAAACUCCAAGAUGGUACUACUCUAUGUUUGGAUAUAAACUCGGACAACAACAUCAUCACAAAUGACUGCAAAUGCUUGGCCACAGAAAGCAAGUGCAACCCAGCGAGCCAGUGGUUCAAAAUUAUUGACAGCACCAGAUACAAAACUCAUGGCAAAAACUACCCCAAGCUCAAGUCAAUUGUGAAAAAUAUCACAAAAAAAUUCCUGGGUGGUUCUAUGUUCUUAUAG